GACGGGGGGUAAAAUCUAUUGAGUUCUGGCUGCACCUUUUCAGGCUCCUGGACUAGCUCCAGCCAUGCACAUGCUGUAUACUAAUCCUGGUCGUUGGGACUUGCCAGGAACCAGAGAGGAGGAGGAGGAAGAGGAUUAUGAGAAUUCGGCACCACCGUACAAGGACCUUCCUCCCAAGCCAGGUUGGAUGGCUCCACCCAGGCCUCCUAAGGCAGGGAAGAAAACAGAGAACCCCCCACUUCCCUGCAAGACCCCGAAGAUCCCAGGUCUGGACGUCACCCCUGCCACCUGCAGAUCUCCACAACAGGGUGCUGCUUUGGAGUAUCCCCCAUUCCCGCCGUCCGCAGCCAGUAAGUCCUCCAGCAACUCCAGUGCCUUGGCUCAGUCAGAAGGCUGAGGGUCCGGGGUGCUACCAAGAGGAGAGACUGAUGGUGUACCUGUGUCUGCUGGUGGUGGUGUCAUUGCUCCUGGGCUGCACUGGUCUGGUCGUGAGCCUGAUUAAGUACCAGGAGGUGGUGGAAGAACUGAGGAUGCUGACCUUUCAGCAGAUGGCAUGGCGGGAAAAUGUGACUGGCAUGGCAGGGCUAGCUGGCCUGAAGAAGGACAUUGACCGUGUAAGAGCUGACACCAACCAGUCCCUGGUGGAACUCCGGGGCUUGUUAGACUGUGCCAGGAUCACCUGCCCUGAGGGCUGGCUCUCCUUUGAAGGCAAGUGUUACUACUUCUCCCAAAGCCCGAAGUCAUGGUAUGAAGCCCGGAUGUUCUGCCAGGAGAAUUACUCUCACUUGGUCAUCAUCAGUAGCUUUGCUGAGCAGAACUUUGUGGCCAAAGCUCACGGCUCUCCGCGGGUGUACUGGCUGGGGCUGAGUGACAUUAACCGCGAAGGAGACUGGAGGUGGCUGGACGGGUCGCCUGUCACUUUGAGCUUUUGGGGCCCAGAGGAACCCAAUAACAUCCAAGAUGAGGACUGUGCCAGCAUGGACAAAGGUGGCACCUGGAAUGACCUCUCCUGUGACAAAACUACGUACUGGAUCUGUGAGCGGAAAUGUUCCUGCUAAGUCCCAGGGCUGAGGCUGGGCAUGGGGUCUGCACCCGAGUGCCCCUUGGUUCUUGGGAAUGAGAGCCUCCUGUUCUUCAUGGAAUUCCCUGCCUCUCCAUGAACUGACAUGGAUGUGCCCAAGCUGAAACCAGCAGCCUGGAUGAAGCAAGUUCCCUGGGGUGUAAGCCAGACCCUUUCGAGGGUGAAGACGUGGGGACUUGUUCAGCUGGAUGGUAUCUCAGUCUGUGGACGCCGCUGUAACAGUAUACUGCAGACUGAGUGCUUCUGAACCACAGAACUUCACUUCUCAAAUUUCUGGAAGGUGGGAAGUCCAAGAUAAAGGUGCAGAGAGAUUCUGAGUUUGGUGAGAGCCUGCUUUCUGGUUCAUAGACACCAUAUUCUCACUGAGUCCUCACAGGGUGGAAGAGGGGACAGCUCUCUGGGGUCUCUUUUAUACGGGGACUAAUCUCAUUUAUGAGGGCCUCACGUUCAUGACCUAAUUACCCCCCAAAGUCCUCACUUUCUACUACCGUCAUACUGAGGGCUAGGAUUUAUCAUUUGAAUUUUGGAGGGACACACAUUCAGUCGAGAGCAAAUGGUGAGCUGGAGGGACCCCUGGUCUUAGGGAAGGUGUCCAGUUCUGGGAUCUGGAGGAAACUCACCAAGUCCCUGAUCACGGCUCUUAGGAAGCAACGCUGGUCCUGGGGGCUCUGCGUGUUAACACUGAUUGAGCUGAAGCUGAAAAUACCCCAGUCUCCUCUGAAUCAUGACGCAUUGUGACGGGGCUCCUUUACUGCCUACCUGAGGUGGACCAGCAGGGGGAGCAGGGAGGUGCAACUCAGCAACUUCCUCAAAGUCCCGGGUGAGAUUUGCCCAGGCUAGGGGAUGGAAUCAGAUGCCUGCCAAGAUGUGUGGCCUGUGCAAAAUCUGGAAGGGGAGACCAGUUGAAAGGCAAGGCUCCCCACACAGGCCAGACCAUGACUUGGUCAGAACCUGAGGACAACAAUGGAGAUAUCUAUCAGCAUGUGCCUCUGGGCUAUUUGUGGUCUAUGAAGAUCUUCGGUGAAGUGAUUCAUGUUCUUUCCAAACAGACCUUUUUGAGGCAUUAGCUCUUGCAAUGUAAGAGCUUCUCAAAAUGCCAGCUCCCUGUGUGGUUCUUGCCCACUGUGUUUUCUGGAACUGCUCUAAUAAAGCGCCAGAGACUGGCUUAAACAAGAGAAAUGGAUUGUCUCACAGUUCUGAAGGCUGAAGUCCAAGAUGAAGGGGUCAGUGUGGCUGGUUUCUGGCGAGACAUGUCUCCUCUCCGGUGUCCUCCUGUGAUCUUCCCUGCGUGUGUGUCUUAAUCUCUUCUUUUAAGGAUACCGGUCAUACUGGAUCAGGGCUCACCCUAAGGACCUCAUUUUAACUUAAUCACCUCUUUCAAGGCCCUGUCUCCAAAUAGAGUCACAUUCUGAGGUUCUGGGUGUUAGGGUUUCAACGUUUGAAUUUUGGCAGUGGGUGGGGGUGGAGGCGGGGACACAGUUCAGCCUGUAACACUCACUAAAUGCCAGAGGUGCCCAUCCCAGCCACGGUGAGGACCAAAGCACCCCCUAGAGGGCUGGUACUACCCCCAGCUGAACACAACUCAACACAGUGAUCCCUUCGGACAAUCCCUGAAUUGGAUCCAGGGGCGAGAAGACGUUCGCCAAAUCGAGCAGUGCAUUGAUCUGCAAGUGCCCUUGUCUAGUGGAAUCCUUCCUGUUUUGACUGAGAGUAGCUGAUUAUGUUGAGGAGGCUCUGAACCAGGGGGUAAGGGGUGCCUGGUGUCCAUGUCACUGUCUGUUGCCCUCUGUACUUGUCUCUUCCCACCCCCACCCCUGCCCCCAACUCAGCAGUACUGAAACUAGAUGCCCGUACUACCCACAGACUGCGGAGUGGGCAGACAUCCUGUUCUCGGCUCUGCCCAGGGGGCCACUGGUCCACGCAACUGUUUAUCUGGGGUCAAGGGAAGUUCCCCCAUCUCAGAAGAGGAAACUUAAGAGUUUCCUCUAAUAUGUGUGUUGAGAAACGGGGAAGCAGGGGGCUGUGGUCAUGUCUCUGAGUCAUGUUGGGGGUCCAAACCUACUUCCCCUGCACAUCGCUCAUGAUUGUCUAAUUUCAGGUAGAAAGACACAUGUUAAUUACCACUUUGGGUCCAGGGAAGCAAAGCGCAUUCUUGGUGGAUAAAAAUAACAAAAGCCAACGUUUCUCAAGCAUGUAUUGUGCUCUUGAUAGACGCAGUAGCUGUCACUGAGUCUUCAUGAUAACUCGGUGAGGCUGGGAUAAUUACCAACUCCAUUUUAUAGCUCAGAAAACUGAGGCCCAGAGGGGUCUCAUAGCCUGUCCAUUGUCAUUUAGUGAAUACACGGCAGGGCUGGUAUUUGGACUCAUUCUGUGCUUCCAAUUGUUGAUUUUUUUUUUUUCCUGAGGGACUGUCUGUGAACUUGAAUCAUCCCUAAGGCCUCAAGCUUGCGGCUCUUGCCUCGGCUAGCAGUUAUGGGAAAGGAAUAGCGCCGUGUGCUGACCAGAUGCGCUGGGCUGAGAGAGACCUGGGGUCGGGCUCUGGGCCUGCUGAUGGCGAUCUGUGGGGCUCUCCUGGGGCUACUCUCAUAACUCAAGUGACAGGUACUGGGGACCAGGUUGUCAACUGUGAAGGCAGGAAGAACUCUGGUUCUAUUUUGAAGAUCCGGCUAAUAGCAUUUGCGGAUGGAUUGGAUGUGGAGUGUGGGACAAAGGGAAGAGUACAGAAUGACUCUAAGCUUUCCAGCUUAAGCGGUAGGAAAGACGGAGUUAUUACUUAGAGAUGGGGAAGAAAAAAAAAAUGCUUAUGAGCACAACCCGUUUAAAUUCAGGUGGUUCAUGAACUUUUGCCAAAGUUCUUAGAACUUCCCGUGGGUCAAGAGUGGAGUCGUGUGUUGCAGAUGUGGACACGCCCCAGUUACAUCCUUGAUCCUCAUAUUUUCAGUGACUUCCAAUGGCCAGUAGUUGCCACCAGCGCCCACCUGGCCUGACACAUGACAGGUGAGAAGUGCCAGGGAAAGGCUUCCUGGAAUAGGCCUUAGGCAAAGCCUGGACCUGGGUGUACACAUACCCAGCUCCCUCACCCCGGUGACUCUGAGAUUUGGGUCCCAGGUGAUGCCCAGGGGGUCCUUGCAGAGCUUAAGCUCCCAUGGCACACAGCUGGAGUCUGCUUGAUAACACAUCUUUGAACACAUCUGGUACUGGCCAUCUUUCCUUCCUUGUCUCACUUCUUUGCACCCCUGCUGGCGUUUCCUGGGAUCACCUCCAAAAUAAACAAC